CGGUCGAUUCUACCUCAAGCUCGCGCCCACGUUCUCCCUCUUCCACUAUAUAUAUAACCCUCGAACCGCCGUUCGUCUUCAUCGCUUCGAGCUUUCCGAUUCCCGCAAUCUGAGAAAUUUGUAGAUCUAGCUUCGGUCGGCGGCGAUGUCCGGGCGAGGAAAGGGCGGCAAGGGCUUGGGCAAGGGCGGGGCCAAGCGCCACCGCAAGGUUCUCCGCGACAACAUCCAGGGCAUUACCAAGCCCGCGAUCCGGCGCUUGGCGAGGAGGGGCGGUGUGAAGCGUAUCAGCGGCCUUAUCUACGAGGAGACUCGUGGCGUCCUUAAGAUCUUCCUCGAGAAUGUGAUCCGCGAUGCUGUGACCUACACUGAGCACGCCCGUCGGAAGACUGUCACCGCGAUGGACGUCGUGUAUGCCCUGAAGAGGCAGGGAAGGACUCUCUAUGGUUUUGGUGGUUAGGGCUUCACGUUUGAUUAAAGUCUUGCUGUCAAGAAAUCCAAAAAACUGAAACAAUGUAGAUUGAAUUCGAGACUAUGUGGCUAGGGUUUUCUUUGGUCAUCUGUCCUUCGGUAAUUUAAGCUGUUGUUGCUGGAAGCUCUGUGUGUAGGUACUGAUGUGCGACUCGUCCGCAAGUUUAUGAAAUUAAUAUCUCAUUGUGUUUGGUGAA